UCAUUUCAGACUCUUCGCAGUUAAAUUGCGCCCCUUUGCCGGGGAGAUCGAGAUCUGUGCUUUCACCCCUCUCUCUCUCGCUUUCUCUCUCUUGAUCUCAGUAUAUUCUUAUAUAUAUAUAGAAUAGAUAGAUAUACACGCUCAUACAUAGGUACGGGUGAUUGGAAAUGAGGGAAAUGGGGAAGAAGAGGGCGGUGGCGCGGUUCGUCGCCGUUCUGCUCGUGGUCUGCUGCGCGGCGCCGGUGAGAUCGGAUGGAUCGGAUCACAAGUACAAGGCCGGAGAUGCAGUCCCUCUGUACGCCAACAAGGUCGGGCCUUUUCACAAUCCGAGUGAAACAUACCGUUACUUUGAUCUUCCAUUCUGCCUAACAGAUGAUGUGAAAGAGAAAAAGGAAGCCCUUGGUGAAGUCUUAAAUGGUGACCGGUUGGUCAGUGCACCCUACAAGCUUGAUUUUAUGUAUGAUAAGGACUCUGAAAGUGUGUGCAAGAAGAAACUAUCACAGAAAGAAGUUGCACAGUUCCGUGAAGCUGUUUCGAAGGAUUACUAUUUCCAAAUGUACUAUGAUGACCUGCCUAUUUGGGGUUUCCUUGGGAAAGUUGAUAAGGAUGGAAAAUCUGAUCCUAGUGAAUUCAAAUACUACCUAUUCAAGCAUCUUCACUUUGAGAUCUUUUACAACAAGGAUCGUGUGAUUGAGAUUAAUGCGCGAACUGAUCCUAGUGCCCUAGUUGACAUCACUGAGGACAAAGAAGUUGAUGUAGACUUCAUGUAUUCUGUGAAAUGGAAAGAAACAACUACACCUUUUGAGAAGAGGAUGGAGAAGUACUCCCAGUCAUCAUCUUUGCCACAUCACUUGGAAAUUCAUUGGUUUUCUAUAAUCAACUCCUGUGUGACUGUUCUCCUCUUAACUGGAUUUUUGGCCACUAUUCUUAUGCGGGUUCUUAAGAAUGAUUUUGUGAAAUAUGCUCAUGAUGAGGAGGCCGCUGAUGACCAAGAAGAAACUGGGUGGAAGUACAUUCACGGUGAUGUUUUCAGGUACCCAAAGUUCAAGUCGUUGUUGGCUUCAGCCCUUGGUUGUGGUACUCAGUUAUUUACCCUGGCAAUCUUUAUUUUUGUUCUUGCACUGGUUGGUGUAUUCUACCCUUAUAAUCGAGGAGCCUUGUUCACUGCUUUGGUCGUCAUAUAUGCUCUCACAUCUGGGAUUGCUGGCUACACUGCUGCGUCUUUCUAUGGCCAAUUAGAAGGAACAAACUGGGUCAGGAAUUUGUUAUUAACUGGAGCAUUGUUCUGUGGGCCCCUGUUUCUCACUUUCUGUUUCUUGAACACUGUAGCAAUUGCUUACAGUGCUACGGCAGCACUACCAUUUGGUACCAUUGUGGUUAUCUUUUUAAUAUGGGCUCUUGUUACAUCACCUUUGCUUGUCUUGGGAGGGAUUGCCGGAAAGAAUAGCAAGGCUGAGUUUCAAGCUCCUUGCCGUACCACUAAAUACCCAAGAGAAAUCCCACCAUUACCUUGGUAUCGUGGAGCUCUUCCUCAGAUGGCAAUGGCUGGAUUUUUGCCUUUCAGUGCCAUAUAUAUUGAACUGUACUACAUAUUUGCAAGUGUUUGGGGCCACAGGAUCUACACAAUUUACAGCAUCUUAUUUAUAGUCUUCAUUAUUCUUCUGAUCGUUACUGCUUUUAUUACUGUGGCUUUAACCUACUUUCAACUUGCUGCCGAAGACCAUGAAUGGUGGUGGAGGUCUUUCCUAUGCGGUGGAUCAACUGGACUAUUCAUCUAUGCCUACUGUUUGUACUACUACUAUGCACGCUCAGACAUGUCAGGCUUCAUGCAAACCUCGUUCUUCUUCGGGUACAUGGCUUGCAUUUGCUACGGCUUCUUCCUCAUGCUCGGGACGGUUGGCUUCCGCGCAUCCUUAUUCUUCGUUCGCCACAUAUACCGCUCAAUCAAGUGUGAGUAGUAAGUUUAAGUUGGUGGCCUUCGACUCCUCCAUACAGCACCCCCCGCAAAUUUGGUAGGGCUAUCUGGCAUCCAGGACUUUGUAGGAACAGUAGGAUUUUUCAAGAGGAAGAAAAGCUUGUACUAUCUUACUGCCUCACUUUUGAAAACCUUUUUCCAACUUUGCAUUUACAGCACAAUAGUUCAUAUCCAUCUUGUAGUUUUAGUGUUUCUUCAUCUCUAUAUAUUCACAUCUUUUUUAUAUCUCAA